ACACACACACACACACACACACACACAAUCAUUGCUAACCUGUUUGAUAUAUCUGCAUUUAUAUUGUUGUAUAGCGUAGUUACUAAUAAAGGGAAUGUAGAGAGAAGGCAAUUACGAAGAAUUCCACACACAUUCCACGCUGGGUAAACGAAAUAAAACAGUCGCCGAAGAUAUCCGUCGAUUAGCUCCGAAAUCCACUUAGAAAUAUCACCAGGUGACAGUCACAGGAAUAUCGUCUUCAAGUGAUUACCACAGAACACCCCGAUUCCAGGUAAGGGCCAACAAAAGUGAUACCACAGGAUACUCCAGCAAAUCCACACAUAUGGAUGAUACGAAGUGACAGUCACACAUCCGUUCUGCACUGCGUGUCGAUGAUCAGAUCAACACAACCUUUUGGGCAUGGAAGAGUUGCAGCCUAUAGCAGUCACACGCUGAAGUUCCAACAGCUUGUCUCCCUCUCCCUCUCCCUCUCCCGCUCCCUCAGGCUGCCGCAGCCUGUGUCUGACGUCACAGCCCCGCCUCACUCAGCCACUUAAAGCGACACUCACAGUAAACGAACCUGCGGUCUCGUAACACAAUGCACCUCUAAAGUCUGACAGCAGACUAACGAGUGAAUCUCCGAUGGUGCAGAGUCAGAAACCGAAGAUUUGCCAGCCUGAGUCAGGGGCUCCAGAGAGAGAUGGUGUCCAGAGGAGGAGGACGAAUAAGACCAGCACGAUGUGGUUAAAAGUGAAAGAUUAGAAGCAUUUGGAAACUGGUUGAUCGAAAAAAAAAGGUGGUUAAUUUCUGCAAAACACAGGUGGAAAUCAACAGAUAAGGCAGAAAUUUUGGAGAGGAAUACUUAGAAAAUGUUUUCUCAGUAUUUCCAGCAACUGCAGAAUCUCCUAUGUUUUAUAUCUGCAUUUUACUUUGGCAUUAGCUGAAGCGCCGAUGAAAUGCGCAGGCGUCAGGCUGAGGACGUCCCUGAGUUUCACGCAUGCGCGCAGUGCACAGAAGGCUUUGAAAAUGUCGGUUGCAGGUUAAAAAUGAGAAGGAAUUCAUCUCCAGGAAGCUCAAAAACGACACGCCAGUUUUGUUGUCUCUGCCUAGAUACUUAAGAAGUGGAGCAAGGGAUCCAAUUGUCCACCCUUCCUGCUCAGACUGUGGGGAGGAAUUCACUCGGUGAUUUUGACCAACUGGCAUGCCCAUCAUUUUACACAGGAAAAAGGACAUUCACCUGCCCAGACAGUGGGAAUGGAUUCACUCGGUCAUCUCAACUAAAGGUACAUCAGCAAGUUCACACUGGACAAGGCCAUUCACCUGUUCUGUGUGUGAGAAGGGGUUCAGUCGGUCAUCCCACCUGUGGACACACCAAUCAGUUCAUACCGGGCAGAGGCUGGUCUUCUGCUGAACUUCUGGGUAAGGAUUCACUCUGUCAUCUGACCUAAUGGCUCACCAGUGGGUUCACACUGGGGAGCGGCCGUUCACCUGCUCAGUCUGUGGGAAAGGAUUCACUCUGUCAUCCACCCUACUGGUACAUCAGCGAAUUCACACUGGGGAGAAGCUGUUCACCUGCUCAGACUGUGGAAAGGGAUUCACACUGUCAUCCCGCCUACUGGUACAUCAGCAAAUUCACACUGAGGAGAAGCCGUUCACCUGCUCAGUCUGUGAGAAGAGAUUUACUCAGUUAUCCAACCUACAGAGUCACCAGCGAGUUCACACUGGGGAGAAGCCAUUCACCUGCUCAGUCUGUGGGAAAGGAUUCACUCUGUCAUCCACCCUACAGAGACACCAGCGAGUUCACACUGAGGUGAAGCCAUUCACCUGCUCAGUCUGUGGGAAAGGAUUCACUCUGUCAUCCACCCUACAGAGUCACCAGCGAGUUCACACUGGGGAGAAGCCUUUCACCUGCUCAGUCUGUGGGAAAGGAUUCACUCUGUCAUCCAACCUACAGAGACACCAGCGAGUUCACACUGAGGUGAAGCCAUUCACCUGCUCAGUCUGUGGGAAAGGAUUCACUCAGUCAUCCAACCUACAGAGACACCAGCGAGUUCACACUGAGGUGAAGCCAUUCACCUGCUCAGUCUGUGGGAAAGGAUUCACUGUGUCAUCCAUCCUACUGGUACAUCAGCGAAUUCACACUGGGGAGAAGCUGUUCACCUGCUCAGACUGUGGGAAGAGAUUCACUGACUCUUCCACCCUACGGAGACACCAGCGAGUUCACACUGGGGAGAAGCCGUUCACCUGCUCAGAAUGUGGGAAGCGAUUCACUCGGUCAUCCAACCUACGGAGACACCAGCGAGUUCACACUGGGGAGAUGCCGUUCACCUGCUCAGUGUGUGGGAAAGGAUUCACUGACUCUUCCACGCUGCAGAGACACCAGCGACUUCACACUGGGGAGAAGCCGUUCACCUGCUUAUUCUGUCGGAAGAGAUUCACUCAGUCAUCCACCCUACAGAGUCAUCAGCGAGUUCACACUAGAGAGAGGCUCAGAAUAUGGGAAAGGAUUCACUCAGUCAUCCCACCUCUUGGCACACCAGUCAGUUCACAGUAAGGAGAGGCCAUUGUUAUGAAUCCUUUGGUUUUGUUUGCUGUAGACUGUCAUUUUAAGAGA